UGGAGGAGCUGUGGCUGAGUUCAUGGAGAGACACGGUGGUGAUGUCAUUCAGUAAAGUUAAAGUGAGUGUCCCUGACUGAGACGCUGCUUUUGGGCUCUGUAACGCUUUUAUUUUUCUGUGAAAGUUUGCGAGCUGCGGUGUAGCGGACUCCCCGAGGACUUCAUGCUCCUGCACACCGAGAACUAGUGGGAGUUUGUGGGAUAUAGGCGCUCGUCUUCUCUCCCUCGAGCCCCCGAGCCGAGGGUCGGGCUCAGUCUGGGAACUUUGGAGCUUCAGAUCAAAAUGAACCGCAGCUUUAAUAAAUCGCAGCCUUUACGGCCGCUGGAGCUGGACGCGGUGGAGGUGAAGAGUAAGUAUGGGGCGGAGUUCCGCAGAUUCUCUGUCAAUCGCGUCAAGCCUGGUAAGUUUGAGGAGUUCUUCAAGCUCAUCAUGCACAUCCACCGCAUCGCCAACAUGGAGGUGAUGAUUGGAUACGCAGACGUCCAUGGAGACCUGCUGCCGAUCAACAAUGACGAAAACUUCAGCAAGGCUGUGUCCACAGCACACCCACUGCUCCGAAUCUUCAUCCAAAGACAAGAGGAGGUGGACUACAGCAACUUCGGCACCAACACUCUGACCCGGAAGAAGAAAGCUGUCGUCCCGCUGCGCAACGACCUAAACAGGAAGCGGCCACACAUCCGCAUCGGCAUGCCUCAGGAUUUCCGGCCUGUGUCAUCCAUUAUUGAUGUGGACAUCCUGCCGGAGUCGCACCGCAGGGUCCGUUUGUACCGGCACGGGUCAGACAAGCCUCUAGGCUUCUACAUCCGUGAUGGCACCAGCGUCCGUGUUACCCCGCACGGCCUGGAGAAAGUACCAGGCAUUUUCAUCUCCCGCAUGGUGCCUGGUGGUCUGGCAGAAAGCACCGGCCUGCUGGCGGUCAAUGACGAGGUUCUGGAGGUCAACGGCAUCGAAGUUUCCGGCAAAACCCUAGACCAAGUGACGGACAUGAUGAUUGCCAACAGCCACAACUUGAUCGUGACAGUAAAACCAGUAAACCAGCGCAACAACGUCGUUCGCAGCAGCCGGAUUUCCGGCAGUUCGGGCCAAUCGUCUGACAGCAGCGGUUCAGGAAGCUUCCCAGCCAUCACGCAUUCGCCAUCCACCGCCACCGUCUCCCACAGUUACGCCCAUGACGACUUAGACAGCGACGAAGAGUCGGAUAUCGUCAUAGAAAGCAGCGUGAGCCGACCAUCUCGCCGAUCCAACACCUCCCACGUUCACCUCCAGACGUCCUCAGCCACCCCGUCUCCUCCUAGCCCCCCUACCAGACCCCAGUCCAGACCCCCUUCGGUCAUUUCCACUGCCUCCUUCCACUCGCAGCCCAGCCUGAACGGCACUGCCCACAACAGCCUGAGCUACAGGCUUCACAGGGACCUGAACCUGCAGCAGCCACACUACCACAGCACCAGCACCAGAGAGAGUAACGGCAGCCUGCACAAAAUCCUCAGCAGCCUGAGAACGGACCCACGAAACAGCCUAGCUCUGCCCCCUGGAGGAGUGGAGGAGGACGGAAUGGUCAUCACCUUAUAAUACACACUUUCAACUCUUAAGACUCUUGUUUAAGUGAUGGUUUGGUCACAGAAAUCUAAUCUAAACAGUUUUUUUUACCCCUAUUCCAAAUGUAGUCAACCAGCCAUGGCUUGUUUUUUGUUUUACACUGGAGCUGUUACACAAAGUGGAUGCUUAUACCCCACCAAUUAGCUUUAUUCCUAAUCAGUACAAUUUUCUUUUCUCAAACUGUAAGGAACUGUCCAGCAAUCUAUUAAGAGCAUCUAAUAAUGACACUCUAUAAAUAGCAAAAAAUAUCUUGUCACUAGAUCUAAUAAGUGUAAUAUUUUUGUUUAAAGAGUGUUAUAAGGUUGUUCAGGGUCCUGUAUAGUACUGAGAAGGGCUCUCUUGAAACUUGGUGCCAUUGCACACAAGAGAUAUAUAAUCAAAUAAGUGUUUCUUUGAUUUGCCACAAUUCUUUAUAUGCCAUUGUCUUUACUAAGGAACCACUAAAAGCUACUUCUAUUUUGUGAAAGUGUCCUAAAUUUAUUUAGCAGAAAAUUUACCUGUAUGGGGACAGAAUGCAGAACUAUCUUAGAAUAAAAUAAGACACUAGACACAAUGCCAAAACUAUAUUGUUUUGGCAUUGCCAUCACAAUGUGCAAAAGCACAAAAAUCACAUUGCAGACUGUAUUUAAAUAUUAGAUAUAGCAGCUACUCCACAGAACUGUUAGUGCUUUCAGUCCUGGAUUCCUAUCUACUCAGUGAGUUAACGUGGAUUUUAUGUCCUGAUUGAAUAAUCUAUAUUAUUAAGUAAUCAUCACAGGGUUCUAUAGAUUAAGUGUCAAACUGUCAAAACUAGCGCAACAGACACCAAAUAUGUUCUGGCUGAUUGACUUGAUUUGGAAUCAGUGAAACUGAAACUGUAUAAAUUAGAUUGUUUUGUCAAACUAUUACCUUAUGUUUCUCUCUUGCGUAUACACACUCACACACACACACACAUUUGGCUAUUGUAAUCUGACCACCCAGAGACUCUCCUUUACAGCCUGGGAAGACGGACUCAACAUUGAACCUCACACUGCUUUCUUAAAAGGUUUUGUACAAAGACUAAUUUAACAGACACCUUCUCGUCCUGAAAUUUAACUUGUUCUUAAAUGACAUCUGCUUUAAGUACGCUGCCAUGUCUUAUGUCUUACCUGUCGGGAUGCAUGGGGAAUAAUGUGGUACAUGUUUCUUUUUUUUUUUUCGUUUGUUUCUUUGUGUUCCUUUAGGCAGAGCCACUAAUUUAACAUGAAUGUGCUAUUUUUAAUAGGAUUCUUAUUUUGAGAUUUUUUUUUUUUUUCGAAUCAUGUUUUCUAAAUGUCUAUUUGGACCAGCAAUGAGCUUUAGGUCUGUGUUUUGUCUUUUUUUCUUUUCUUUCUUCUUAUUUUUCCUUUCUAUUCAUUUGAGUAGCAGUUUAUAAUUAAAAAUACCUGCCACUACCACAAUGAUUCAUAGUGAUCACUGGAACUCUUGGGUAAUAAAAUAAAAGGCUGAUGUAUUCUG